AACUGCAACACUUCCUCUGCAUCUGGAUAUGAAGGGAGCCCCAGAAAAGAGGAAGAGUGUAGAGGCAUACUGGGUCGCCUAGGGCAUGGAGCUGGAGAGCUAUGAACAGCCCGUGGUUCUGAGAGAAGACAACCGCCGCCGGCGCCGGAGGAUGAAGCCGCGCAGCGCCGCGGCCAGCCUGUCCUCCAUGGAGCUCAUCCCCAUCGAGUUCGUGCUGCCCACCAGCCAGCGCAACAGCAAGACCCCCGAAACGGCGCUGCUGCACGUGGCGGGCCACGGCAACGUGGAGCAGAUGAGGACGCAGGUGUGGCUGCGUGCGCUGGAGACCAGUGUAGCCGCCGACUUCUACCAGCGGCUCGCCCCGGACCACUUCCUCCUGCUCUACCAGAAGAAGGGGCAGUGGUACGAGAUCUACGACAAGUACCAGGUGGUGCAGACCCUGGACUGCCUGCGCUACUGGAAGGUGCUGCACAGGAGCCCGGGCCAGAUCCACGUGGUGCAGCGGCGCGCGCCCUCCGAGGAGACGCUGGCCUUCCAGCGACAGCUCACGGCCCUGAUCGGCUACGACGUCACCGACGUCAGCAACGUGCACGACGACGAGCUCGAGUUCACGCGCCGCCGCCUCGUCACCCCGCGCAUGGCCGAGGUGGCCGGCCGCGACCCCCAGCUCUACGCCAUGCACCCCUGGGUGACUUCCAAGCCCCUGCCGGAGUACCUGCGGAAGAAGAUUGCCAACAACUGCGUCUUCAUCGUCAUCCACCGCAGCACCACCAGCCACACCAUCAAGGUCUCCGCCGAUGACACCCCCAGCACCAUCCUCCAGAGCUUCUUCACCAAGAUGGCCAAGAAGAAGUCUCUGAUGGAUAUCCCCGAAAGCCAAAACGAACGGGACUUCGUGCUGCGCGUCUGUGGCAGGGAUGAGUACCUGGUGGGUGAGACACCCAUCAGAAACUUCCAGUGGGUGCGGCACUGCCUCAAGAAUGGAGAAGAGAUUCACCUGGUGCUUGACACUGCUCCAGACCCUGCCCUGGACGAGGUGAGGAAAGAGGAGUGGCCGCUGGUGGAUGACUGCACGGGAGUCACCGGCUACCACGAGCAGCUGACCAUCCACGGCAAGGACCAUGAGAGUGUGUUCACCGUGUCCCUGUGGGACUGUGACCGGAAGUUCAGGGUCAAGAUCAGGGGCAUUGAUAUCCCCGUCCUGCCCCGAAACACUGACCUCACUGUUUUUGUAGAGGCAAACAUCCAGCACGGGCAGCAAGUCCUUUGCCAAAGGAGAACCAGCCCCAAACCCUUCACAGAGGAGGUGCUCUGGAACGUGUGGCUUGAGUUCGGUAUCAAAAUCAAAGACUUGCCUAAAGGGGCUCUGCUGAACCUCCAGAUCUACUGCGGCAAAGCCCCAGCACUGUCCGGCAAGGCCUCUGCAGAGACUCCCAGUUCAGAGUCCAGAGGCAAAGCUCAGCUUCUCUAUUAUGUCAACCUGCUGCUGAUUGACCACCGGUUCCUCUUGCGCCACGGGGAAUACGUGCUGCACAUGUGGCAGAUAUCCGCGAAGGGCGAAGACCAAGGGAGCUUCAAUGCUGACAAACUCACAUCUGCAACCAACCCAGACAAGGAAAACUCAAUGUCCAUCUCCAUUCUUCUGGACAACUACUGCCACCCGAUAGCCCUGCCUAAGCAUCAGUCCACCCCUGACCCUGAAGGGGACCGGGUUCGAGCUGAAAUGCCCAACCAGCUUCGCAAACAACUGGAGGCAAUCAUAGCCACUGAUCCACUUAACCCUCUCACAGCAGAGGACAAAGAAUUGCUCUGGCAUUUUAGAUAUGAAAGCCUUAAGCAUCCAAAAGCAUAUCCUAAGCUAUUGAGCUCAGUGAAAUGGGGACAGCAAGAGAUUGUGGCCAAAACAUACCAAUUGUUAGCCAGAAGGGAGGUCUGGGAUCAAAGUGCUUUGGACGUUGGGUUGACAAUGCAACUCCUGGACUGCAACUUUUCAGAUGAAAAUGUAAGAGCCAUUGCAGUUCAGAAGCUGGAGAGCUUGGAGGACGAUGAUGUUCUGCAUUACCUUCUACAGCUGGUCCAGGCUGUGAAGUUUGAACCGUACCAUGACAGUGCCCUUGCCAGAUUUCUGCUGAAGCGUGGUUUAAGAAACAAAAGAAUUGGUCACUUCUUGUUUUGGUUCUUGAGAAGUGAGAUAGCCCAGUCCAGACACUAUCAGCAGAGGUUCGCUGUGAUCCUGGAAGCCUAUCUGAGGGGCUGUGGCAGAGCAAUGCUGCAUGACUUUACCCAACAAGUCCAAGUCAUCGAGUUGUUACAGAAAGUCACCAUUGAUAUUAAGUCACUCUCUGCUGAAAAAUAUGACGUCAGUUCCCAAGUUAUUUCACAACUUAAGCAAAAGCUUGAAAACCUGCAGAAUUCUAAUCUCCCAAAAAGCUUUAGAGUUCCAUAUGAUCCUGGACUAAGAGCAGGAGCACUAGUGAUUGAAAAAUGUAAAGUGAUGGCCUCCAAGAAAAAGCCCCUGUGGCUUGAGUUCAAGUGUGCUGAUCCUACAGCCCUAUCAAAUGAAACAAUUGGAAUUAUCUUUAAACAUGGUGAUGAUCUGCGGCAAGACAUGCUUAUUUUACAGAUUCUACGAAUCAUGGAAUCCAUUUGGGAGACAGAAUCUUUGGAUCUGUGCCUCCUGCCAUAUGGUUGCAUUUCAACUGGGGACAAAAUCGGAAUGAUUGAGAUCGUGAAAGAUGCUACGACAAUUGCCAAAAUUCAGCAAAGCACGGUGGGCAACACGGGUGCAUUUAAAGAUGAAGUCCUGAAUCACUGGCUCAAAGAAAAAUGCCCUAUUGAAGAAAAGUUUCAGGCAGCAGUGGAGAGAUUUGUUUAUUCCUGUGCAGGCUACUGUGUGGCAACCUUUGUUCUUGGAAUAGGCGACAGACACAACGACAACAUCAUGAUCACAGAGACAGGAAACCUAUUCCAUAUUGACUUUGGGCACAUUCUUGGGAAUUACAAAAGUUUUCUGGGCAUUAAUAAGGAGAGAGUGCCAUUCGUGCUAACCCCAGACUUCCUGUUUGUGAUGGGAACUUCUGGAAAGAAGACAAGCUCACAUUUCAGGAAAUUUCAGGACGUCUGUGUUAAGGCUUAUCUAGCCCUUCGCCAUCACACAAACCUACUGAUCAUCCUGUUCUCCAUGAUGCUGAUGACGGGGAUGCCCCAAUUAACAAGCAAAGAAGAUAUUGAGUAUAUCCGGGAUGCCUUAACAGUGGGGAAAAAUGAGGAGGAUGCUAAAAAGUAUUUUCUUGAUCAGAUUGAAGUUUGCAGAGACAAAGGAUGGACCGUGCAGUUUAACUGGUUCCUCCAUCUUGUUCUUGGCAUCAAACAAGGAGAGAAACAUUCAGCCUAAUACUCUGGGCUAAAAUUAAAAAUAAAUAUUCUAAAGCUUUAAA